GCGCACGUUUCAUUUCCAAAGCUACCAAUGGGGGCAGUUUUUGUCGCAUUGAAGAUGGGUAUUGUUUUAUAGGCAUUGUGGACAGUUUACACAUAGAGGAAAUAUUAAAAUCAUUUAGCUGUAUGUCAGGGUUAUACGCCAUUGUGGUGGAACGACUGACAAACUUAACGUGUGGCUUUCUUGUCUAAGUGCGAUGUCGUUCGACCAACUCCUACGCCAGGUUUUGGCGGUGAACCUUCUGCAGUUCUUCGCCGUUGGAAUUGGAGGGCAGAAUACAGCAAAACCUCCUACUCCUACGUUGGGUGCAUCUAAUAGCAGCAUACACAGUGCCUUCAGUAUUGAUGACGUUAUAGCACGGUAUUCGGGCCAGUCCACGCGUCCCAAUGAGAAAACAGGUCAACCCGAUGACGUGUUCUGUGCCUUUAAAGAAAUAAACGUGGAUGCUGUGGACGAGACCAACAUGGAGUUCACAAUCACCGCUACCCUGGAGCUGGCCUGGUCGGACCUGCGUCUGCAGAGCCUUCUCCCGGCUGACUCGCAGACUAUCUACUCCAUCCGCGGGAACGACAUCGACCGGAUCUGGCUGCCCGACCUGUACUUCCCGCUGCUCAAGGCGGGAGAUUUCCACAAGAUCACCUCGGUAAACAGGGUGGUGAGGAUCGCCAGAGACCUGUUACCCGGUGUGUUUUACAGCAUAAGGUUGACCCUGACCCAGUCAUGCAUCAUGGAUCUCUCCUCUUUCCCUUUCGACUCACAGAAGUGUGACACCCUGAUUUCAACUUUUUCUUACUCUUCGACUGAGCUGCGCUUGUACUGGCUAGACGCACCGCCCGACUGGAGCAUUCGACUCGGAUUGGUCAAACUCAGUCAGCCUCGGUUCAGCCGGGCCAGGUCGAAAGCCUCCGAGGCCACUGUGUGGAAAACGUAUCAAACAAGGGAUUCUGAGCAAUUCAACUUCAGCUUCAAUGUCCUGAACCUGUCAAUCUGCCUUCAACGGGAUGGGGGACAUUACGUCCUGAACGAGAUGACCAUCAGCUUUGUCCUGAGCUGUUUGUCCUGGCUUAACUACUGGCUGGAUCCGGAGCAGACACCAGCAAGGAUCUCGCUUGGGAUUACCACUGUGCUUGCGGCCAUCACUCAAUCUAGCACUGCCAAGAGAAGGCUGCCAGAACUGUCCUAUAAUACGGCUUUAGACAUCUGGCUUCUGGUCACUGUUAACAUGACCAUCAUCAGCUUGGCCGAAUACGGAUUUGUCCACAUUCUGGCUGGAAGGGCUAAGAAGCUAGAGGAUAAUUUGGAAUGGUUGUUGGAGGACAAGCAGCAAAGGGCGGCAGCACCACGGCAACACGCCGAGACUUCAUUUGUCUUUCAUCGGAAUGGGCGGACUUCACUCAAAGCAUCCAAUCCUAUGGCAUCCACGGACGACGAACACCGACUAAGGAGGGCAGCUCAUCGGUACCGGCAGGCAGCCAAACGAGUAGAUUGCGCCAUGCGGAUUACCGUGCCGCUGUUGCUGAUUCUUUUUAUGGUCACGUAUGCCUUUGUGUUCAGUGGGAUCGGCAGGAAUGAUUCUGACGACUGUGAACCAUAGCCUGGAACAGGGACUAGGCCUACUUAAAGGGUGCACCACUACAAAUAAAUUCCCAUAAACUGCAAUGAUAAAUCCCCACGCUUU